AUGCCAGCCAUUGUGAUAGCAGCAGCGCUCUGCAGCUUGUGCAUCUGGCUCCAGUUCUUCUUUCGAGAUUCACAACAUCCGCCCGAGGCACAUACAAUCACGCUCGCGAAAGCGCGUGUGGAAGUCGCAGAGAGACGGGGCUCUACCAAGCCGCCGUACCUCAAAGACGCUUUCCCGGGCGGGAGGCAUGUCAGGACAGUAUAUGGCACGAUUCAGGUGUUUGAAUGGGGUCCCUCGGAUGGAGAGAAAGUCCUGAUGCUGCAUGGGCUGGGCACGCCAUGUAUAGCAUUGAGCAAUAUGGCGAGGGGUUUCGUCGAGAAGGGCUGCCGGGUCAUGCUUUUUAAGCUCUUUGGAAGAGGCUAUUCGGACGCACCAAACGAUUUGAGACAUGACGCUCGCUUAUACACCAGCCAAAUCUUGCUUGUCCUCGCAAGCUCUCCUCUCUCAUGGGCAGGCUCCUCGGCAUUCCAUAUCGUAGGAUUCUCUCUCGGCGGCUCUAUAGCCGCUGGAUUCGCCGCUUAUCACGCGCAUAUGCUUCGUUCGAUGACUCUUAUCUGUCCUGGAGGUUUGAUUCGCAAGUCACACAUCAGUUGCCGAGACAGAAUCUUGUACUCUCGGGGUAUACCCCAGUGGGCGCGCUUAAAGCUGCUCCGCCGUGACCUCGAGCCACGAGCUGGCACCUGGAGUAUGGAAGAACGCGACAAGACUGAUGAGGCGGGUAUCGAUUUCGAUGAGGUGCCUAUCGCCAUGGAACGGCCCUGGUUUAUUGCGUCGUAUCUAAGCACAGUACAAAGCUCUCUAGUCUAUGGGCGACACGAUCAAUUGUGGAGAGAUUUGGGAGAGGAACUCAGGCGGCGGCAGUCAUCAAAUCCACCACCAGGUCUGUCAGGAGGACGUAUUUGCCUGAUACUUGCUGAAGACGACGUGAUCGUGGUCAAAGACGAGUUGAUAGAAGAUGCCCAAAGGGUUCCCCCCAUGGCAACAGUGGACACAUUCAUCCUGAAGGGAGGUCAUGAGAUCGCUAUAUCGCGGGGCAAAGACAUGGUAACCAUAGCAAUGCAAAACUGGAGAUGA